CUUGACGUUUUCCUUGUCAGCAGGAGAAUCUUUCCUAUUUCUUUACGUUUACAGACAGUAAAAUAAAGUCUAGAGAGAAGGUAUCAUAUGAAUAUUGCUUCCCUCUCUCUCUCUCUUACAUAUCUAUCUCUUGUCUCUCUAUCUUUCUCCUGGUUAGCAAACAAAAGUCACAGAUCUUUGAUGGAGUUCCGAGAGAAGCUCUUACAGUUCAAGUUCCACAUCGUCUUCGCCUUCUUGUUCUCUCUCCUCAUCGCCGCUCUCGUGACUUUUUCUCCAGGUUUCCUCACCGUUUUGUCUUACUUCUGGCCUCUAUUUCUCUCGACCGCUCUAUUUCUCGCCGCCGUUUUCUUCUUCGCCCGGACCUCCGACCUUCAGACGUCGUCUACCAUCUCCAGCGAUGGCUCUGGCGUAAAGUUAGCGGCAGAGGGGAUCCUUGACUAUGUGGUCGGCGGACAACAGGAAGAAACUGAUCUCCUUGAUAGCUUCAACUAGUAUGAGAUAUCUCUCUGUUUUAAGUAUUUUCGUUAGAUUAUGAUUAAUAAUAGAAAAUAGUAUUUAUAAAUGUAAUAGUAGUUAACAUGGAAUAAGAAUAAAUCUUGCUUUAUGCUGUUUUGUGAUUCCUUCUGUGUAUUAUAUGGUUACUGCUUUUUAGGCUCGAAGCUUUUUUGGAUCUCUA